AAUAAUAAUGUCUAUACGAAAUGUUGAUGUGAACCAAAAAAGGGUGGUUCGAAUAACAACUAUUAAUAUUAUCGAAAAUAAUGUUCAAAUAUUUUAAUGAGAGGAUUUUAUCGAAAACGUGAGAAAACAUCUAGAAAACAGGAAUAAGAAAGACUCUAGAAACAUUUUACGUUUUAAAACGAAUCAGUCAACCUGGUCUACGAAUCUAUUUUAAUUAUCAACAAAUUUCAUAAAUAAAUAAUUAGAGGAGUAUAUAUAUUAUGGAAACCAUGAUAACCUUCUCCAAAUUUUUAUUUUUGACCAUUUCUCUCCUGUCUUUUUCUAUUUGUGUUUCAUGGAAAAACGAAAGGAGAAAAAUGGGCCAACACAUCUGCCUCAAUUUGGAGCAUGGGAUCAAAAUGGUGCAGCUGAUGGUGGUUAUACUAUGGAGUUCUCUAAGGCUCGAGCCAACAAACAACAUCAACCAAAAACUGGUUUAGACGCACAUCACGAGUUGAAAAAUGAUGGGAAAAAUGGAUAUAGGUCUGUACCUCAAUUUGGAAUGUGGGAUCAACAAGAUGCAGGUGGUGGUGCAGCCAGUUACACUAUAGAGUUUUCGAAGGCUCGUGUUAACAGGAAGCAGCACAAAAAGAAUGAUCUUUUAGCGCGACCACCUAGCAUCGAUCAUGAGCAGGAAGCUCUUAGGAAGCAGCACGAGGACUCUUGCAUGAGGAAAAAGAAUAUGUUGACAUACCUCAAUUGUUGCAUUAAGCCUUGAUCAUUUCCAAAUGUCUCAAGCAGCCUACUUUUGCAAUAGUCUUGAAAGUGGCUAUGUAUGCAAAAUUAACCACAAAUCAUGAAAAAUCACUAAAUUAUAUAGAACUAAUAUCUGUAUGAGUAUUAUUUAUGGAACCUAUUAAUAUUUUUUGCAAAAAAAAAAAAGUCUUAAUUUACUAGUCGAGAGUCUAUUAGAAGCAACCUCUUUACCUUCACAUGACGAGGGUAAAGCUGGCGUACAUUCCACCCUCCCCAGACCCCACUUGUGGCCGGGACUAUAGUGGGAUGUUGUUUGUUGUUGUAAAAGAAGCUUUAUUAUUC